CUGCUCCGCUCAUUCCCGGGGACGCCGAGGCAGAAACCGGCAGGCGCUAUGGCCAGCGUGAAGGAGAAGGCGGCGGCUUUGAAUCUCUGCGCGGUGUACAGUCCGGCCAACAAGCCUCCAGGUUUCAGCUUGGCACAGAGACCAUUUGGAGCCACAUAUGUCUGGAGCAGCAUUAUCAACGCACUUCAGAGCCAAGUUGAAGUGAAAAAGCGGCGUCAGAACCUGAAAUCUUUUAACGACUGUUUUAUUGGCUCCGAUGCAGUAGAUGUCAUCUAUGCCCACCUUCUGCAGAACAAAUACUUUGGCGAUGUAGAUAUUUCCCGGACUAAAGUUGUGAGAGUGUGUCAGGCACUGAUGGACUACAAAGUGUUUGAAGCAGUUUCUACCAGAGUCUUUGGAAAAGACAAACGGUCUGUGUUCGAAGAUAGCAGCUGCAGCCUCUACAGGUUUCCAAAUGCGUGUAACCAAAUGGACAGUCCGUUUGGAAAAGAGUAUGGCCGGACUGUGCAUCAAAGACAGGAGAAAAGAGCAUUACUUAGCAUAACACCAGUGAAAUCAGGAAGCUUGGAGGAUCUCUUGGAAAACUUGAGUCUAACGCCUGUUAGUUCCUCUCAAGUAAAUACCUCUCCAAACUUUUCUCACCAAGUUAUUAACGAAGUCUGGAGAGAGCAAACAAUUACCCGCCUCCUGCAGCUUAUAGAUCUUCCACUUCUUGACUCUUUACUUGAGUACCAGAAGGCAGGAUCUAAAUUUCCACAAACAAAGCAAGAGUCUGAAUGUAACAUCACAAGCAACUACCUGGACCGAGAAAUUCUGAAAGCAUUCGGAGACUCUCAGACGGAUGAAUGGCUGUCGGCAGCAAUAGACUGUCUGGAGUAUCUGCCAGAUCCGAUGGUGGUUGGUGUGAGCCGUAAUUUGCCUGAGCAGCCUGACAAAGUACAUUUUGGGAAGCUGCUGCUGUUUGAUACCAUUGGUAGAUACUAUAGCCAAAAGAAGGAACCACUGUUAAGUCAUGCACCCGAAAUCCACCUGGGCAUUGCAGAGCUGCUAGUUAAUGGGAAAACUGAUCAAGCUUUGGAAGCGAUUCAGCUCUACUUGAAGUUAUUGGAUAGUACAAGAAGAGAGGAGUUCAGGAGACUACUCUACUUCAUGGCUAUUAUCGCUCAGAAUUCUGAUCUUAAGCUCCAAGCAGAGAGUGACAACCGGAUGGUUGUGAAAAGAACUUUCUCCAAAGCCAUAGUCAACAAUAAAAGUUUAUCUAAAGGAAAAACUGACCUUCUAAUUUUGUUUUUGGUGGACUACCAGAAAGAUGUAUUAAAAAUCCCAGGGACGUUGCAUAAAAUGGUUAGUGACAAGCUUGUGGCUAUACAGCAGGGGAAAGAUUCCAACCUGAAUACAGGAUAUACUUUCUGCCAGCAACUUGACAAAAGUGAGUAUCACCACAGUGCAAAGAAGACUACAAAAAAGGAACUUGUAUCUUUGCUAAAAUCUAUUGAUGAGGACUCCAGUCUCUCUGCCAAAGAGCGGAAGAGGUUGCUUGAUCAAUUCUAUGCUAGUAAUCCAGCCAUCUUUUUGCAGUAUUUUCAUGACAGAGGUACUGAUGGAGGUGUCGAACUUUAGCUCUAGAAGGAUUAUUGGGAUACUAAUAACUUUUGGAAGCACUUAUUUUGUAUCUUUUUAAUUUUUUUGUAUUGUACUUAAAUAAAAGUGGUUUUGUGAUAUGGAGUCCCCAUGUAAUAACAUUAUUUAAAAAUAAUUAAAGCUUCUAUUUAAAUCUUAA